AUGGGUCUUCGUCUUGGUGACACCGCCCCCGACUUCGAGGCCGAGACCUCGCAGGGCCCCAUCAAGUUCCACGAGUACAUUAAGGACUCGUGGGCCAUUCUCUUCUCGCACCCCGACGAUUACACCCCCGUGUGCACUACUGAGCUUUCGGCGGUCGCGCUCUCCUCGGCGGACUUCAAGUCGCGUGGAGUCAAGCUCAUCGGUCUCUCGGCUAACGACGUCGCGUCGCACCACGGCUGGAUCAAGGACAUCGAUGCCUUGACCAACGGCGCCGACCCGCUCGACUUCCCCAUCAUUGCCGACAAGGAGCGCAAGAUCUCGGUCCUCUAUGACAUGCUCGACUACCAGGACGCGACCAACGUCGACGCCAAGGGCCAGCCGUUCACCGUGCGCUCGGUCUUCAUCAUCGACCCCGCGCAGAAGAUCCGCCUCACCCUUACGUACCCUGCGUCCACUGGCCGCAACUUCCCCGAGAUCCUCCGUGUCAUUGACUCGCUCCAACUCGGUGACAAGUACAAGAUUACCACUCCCGCCAACUGGCGCACCCCCGGCGGCACGGAGAAGGUCAUUGUCCAUCCCUCGGUCCAGGGCGAGAAGGUCAAGGAGCUCUUCGGCGACGACGUCGAGGUUGUUUACCCCUACCUCCGCUUCACCUCGGACCCCUCGAAGAAGGACAAGGCCCAGUAA